GCUGUCAGCUGCGGCUGAGGAGGAAGCGGCGGACGGCGCGCGCGGCGAGGGGCGGGACGCUGAGGCUCGGCGGCGAGGACGGCCAUGCGGGCUUACCGUGGCGCGGGACCACCGGGGCCCGUGUCGGUGGCAGCUGCUGUGGUGUUGCUGUUGCUGAGCGGUGUGGCGCCGGCGCGCGGUUCCGAGGACAUCGUGGUGGGCUGCGGGGGUUUCGUCAAGUCCGACGUGGAGAUCAACUACUCGCUCAUCGAGAUAAAACUAUACACCAAGCAUGGGACUUUGAAAUACCAGACAGACUGUGCCCCUAACAAUGGUUACUUUAUGAUCCCCUUGUAUGAUAAGGGAGAUUUUAUUUUGAAGAUUGAACCUCCUCUAGGGUGGAGUUUUGAGCCAACCAAUGUGGAACUGUACGUGGAUGGCGUCAGUGACAUCUGCACAAAGGGUGGGGACAUCAACUUUGUGUUCACUGGCUUCUCUGUGAAUGGAAAGGUUCUCAGCAAAGGGCAGCCCCUGGGGCCUGCAGGAGUUCAAGUGUCUCUGAGGAACACAGGCACUGACGCAAAAAUCCAGUCCACAGUCACUCAACCUGGCGGAAAGUUUGCAUUUUUCAAAGUUCUUCCUGGAGAUUAUGAAAUUCUUGCAACUCACCCAACCUGGGCAUUGAAAGAGGCCAGCACCACAGUGCGAGUAACCAACUCCAAUGCCAACGCUGCCAGUCCCCUCAUUGUGGCAGGGUACAACGUGUCUGGCUCUGUCCGAAGUGAUGGUGAACCCAUGAAAGGAGUGAAAUUUCUUCUCUUUUCAUCUUUAGUGUCCAAAGAGGAUGUGCUGGGCUGCAACAUUUCCCCAGUGCCUGGUUUCCAACCCCAAGAUGAGAGUCUGGUAUAUCUGUGCCACGUCGUCUCCAAGGAAGAUGGCUCCUUCUCUUUCUAUUCCUUGUCAAGUGGAGACUACACAGUGAUUCCCUUCUAUAGAGGGGAGAGGAUCACCUUUGAUGUUGCUCCUUCCAGACUUGAUUUUACAGUGGAACAUGACAGCCUGAAAAUUGAGCCCGUGUUUCAUGUCAUGGGAUUCUCAGUCACCGGGAGGGUCUUGAAUGGACCUGAAGGAGAAGGUGUUCCAGAAGCAGUGGUCACUCUGAAUAACCAGAUCAAAGUCAAGACAAAAGCGGAUGGCUCCUUCCGUCUGGAGAACAUCACUACAGGGACGUACACCAUCCAUGCUCAGAAAGAGCACCUGUACUUUGACGUGGUCACAAUCAAAAUUGCUCCCAACACUCCUCAGCUGGCUGACAUCAUUGCGACAGGGUUCAGCGUUUGCGGCCAGAUAUCAAUCACUCGCUUCCCUGACACUGCAAAGCAGAUGAGUAAAUACAGAGUUGUCCUGUCGUCACAAGACAAGGACAGGUCUUUGGUCACUGUGGAGACAGAUGCCCAGGGAGCAUUUUGUUUUAAAGCAAAACCAGGCACCUACAAAGUUCAGGUGAUGGUUCCCGAGGCUGAGAGCAGAGCAGGUCUGACGUUGAAACCCAAGGCCUUUCCUCUCACCGUGACUGAUAGGCCCAUCAUGGACGUGACCUUUGUCCAGUUUUUGGCAUCUGUUUCUGGGAAAGUCUCUUGUUUGGACACCUGUGGUGACCUGGUAGUGACCUUGCAAUCUCAGAGCCGCCAGGGUGAGAAACGCAGCCUCCAGCUCUCCGACAAGGUCAACACCAUGACUUUCACCUUUGAUAGUGUGCUUCCUGGAAAAUACAAAAUAAGCAUCAUUCAUGAGGAUUGGUGUUGGAAGAACAAGAGUUUGGAGGUGGAAGUUCUAGAAGAGGAUGUGUCAGCAAUUGAGUUCCGGCAGACAGGAUAUAUGCUGAGAUGUUCCCUUUCUCAUGCGAUCACAUUGGAAUUUUAUCAGGAUGGAAAUGGACCUGAGAAUGUUGGGAUUUAUAACCUUUCCAAAGGAGUCAACCGAUUCUGCCUGUCCAAGCCUGGUGUAUACAAGGUGACCCCUCGCUCCUGCCACCGGUUUGAGCAAGCAUUCUACACCUACGACACGUCUUCACCCAGUAUCUUGACGCUGACAGCCAUUCGCCAUCAUGUCCUUGGAACUAUCACCACUGACAAAAUGAUGGAUGUCACUGUGACUAUCAAGUCUUCCAUUGACAGUGAACCUGCGUUGGUCUUGGGCCCUCUGAAGUCUGUACAGGAGCUGCGGAGGGAGCAGCAGCUGGCCGAGAUUGAAAGCCGCAGACAGGAGAGGGAGAAGAUUGGCAAGGAGGAAGGUGGAGAAGGAAGGACCAAGCUCCCAGUGCAGGAGAUGGUGGAUGAGUUACAAGGGCCCUUCUCCUAUGACUUCUCCUACUGGGCACGGUCUGGAGAGAAAAUCACUGUGACACCUUCAUCUAAAGAGCUUCUCUUUUAUCCCCCUUCCAUGGAAGCCACUGUUAGUGGAGAAAGCUGCCCAGGGAAACUGAUUGAGAUCCAUGGAAAAGCAGGAUUAUUUCUAGAAGGACAGAUUCACCCUGAGUUGGAAGGAGUUGAGAUUGUCAUUAGUGAAAAGGGAGCGAGCUCACCCCUGAUCACCGUCUUUACUGAUGACAAAGGUGCCUAUAGUGUUGGACCUCUGCACAGUGACCUGGAAUACACCGUAACCUCCCAGAAGGAGGGUUAUGUUUUGACAGCAGUAGAAGGAACCAUCGGAGACUUUAAGGCUUAUGCAUUAGCAGGAGUAAGCUUUGAGAUAAAAGCUGAAGAUGACCAGCCGCUCCCUGGGGUCCUCUUAUCCCUCAGUGGUGGAGUGUUUCGUUCCAACCUCUUGACUCAGGACAAUGGCAUUCUGACAUUCUCAAACCUGAGCCCUGGGCAGUACUACUUCAAGCCCAUGAUGAAAGAGUUCCGCUUUGAGCCGUCCUCCCAAAUGAUUGAGGUGCAGGAGGGUCAGAACCUGAAGAUCACCAUCACCGGGUACCGAACAGCCUACAGUUGUUAUGGCACAGUGUCUUCUUUAAACGGAGAGCCAGAACAGGGUGUUGCCAUGGAAGCGGUCGGACAGAACGACUGUAGCAUUUAUGGGGAAGACACUGUGACAGAUGAAGAAGGGAAGUUCAGAUUGCGUGGAUUGCUGCCAGGAUGUGUCUACCAUGUUCAACUCAAGACAGAAGGCAAUGACCACAUUGAACGAGCCCUUCCUCACCACCGGGUUGUUGCAGUGGGAAAUAAUGACAUUGAUGAUGUAAACAUCAUAGUUUUUCGGCAGAUUAAUCAGUUUGAUUUAAGUGGAAAUGUGAUCACUUCUUCUGAGUAUCUUUCUACAUUAUGGGUAAAGCUUUACAAAAGUGAGAACCUCGACAAUCCAAUCCAGACGGUUUCACUUGGCCAAUCUCUCUUCUUCCACUUCCCGCCCCUUCUUAGGGACGACCAGAAUUAUGUCGUGCUCCUGGACUCCACGCUCCCCAGGUCCCAGUAUGACUAUGUCCUGCCUCAAGUGUCUUUUACUGCAGUGGGCUACCAUAAACACAUCACCUUGAUUUUUAAUCCCACGCGGAAGCUGCCUGAGCAGGACAUUGCACAAGGAUCCUACAUCGCCCUGCCUCUGACACUGCUUGUUCUGUUGGCCGGCUACAACCACGAUAAGCUCAUCCCCUUACUGUUGCAGUUGACCAGUCGAUUGCAGGGAGUUCGAACUCUUGGCCAGACAGCCUCUGAUAGCAGUGGCCCAGAAGAUGCAAAGAGACAAGCCAAGAAACAGAAGACAAGACGGACGUGAGGAGGAAAGCAAAGGGGGUGUUGAAAUCUCCCUCAGGAUAGGCCACCACCAAAGGGCCACCCCACGCCCUUGACGCAGAAGCUUACACCUGCCGCUUGCCCAUGCCAUGUAGGUGUGGCUGCCGGUGCCUGCCCCCCCCCCCCCCCCCCCCCGUCCAGCUCGUGGUGCAAUGCAAUGAAUGGACCCUCCUGUCACUCUGCUGAGCACAACUUAUUUUCUGAGUUGAAGAUAAUUUAUUAUUAUUAUUAUUAUUAUUUGUCAAGGAAGUAUUUAAGCCACGCUGGUGGUAUGAAAACAUAAUUUUUAAUCUCCAGCAUUCACUUGCAAGAGGAAUUCUAAGAAACGGGUUUUGGUCCCUUGAUGAAGUCCCUGUUGGAUUGACCGUUGCCCUUGACUUCCCUUUGCAUCUGAGAUCCCUGCCAGACACUGAGCAACCUAUAUCCACUACUAGGAGGGGAUGUUAGGAGGUAAAAAAAUCAAUAAAGCUGCCCAUUCAUUUGUGUUGUA